UUUACCGCCAAUUGUAAUAGCAAAGUUUUCCUUGUGUUUGGUGUUUGUUAAGUUACUUCAGAUCAAUUUAUAUUGUGAGUUUUGAAAGUUUGAUCAGUUUGAUUGAGUGAUUCAGUUGACAGUAAGGCGGAAGGACAUGGAUAAGCGUAGGCCGUCAUUAGGAGGCCCAAGGGUUAAGAGAAUGAGAAGUUCAUUUGAUGAUGAUGAUGAUGAUGAUGAUGGUGAUGAUAAUGAUAAUGGCAUCCCUGGUUCAUUUGAAGAGGAGUUGGCCUGCAUGGACCUGAUUGAAAAUGAAGGAUCACAGGGCACAGACUCCCAAGAAAUGAAUGGGCAGGGCCCUGAGACACAGCAGAUGAGCGUGAGAUGGAGUCGACCCGCACCCACUCCAUUGAAUCCGGCACACCAUGUGCUGACCUUUCAGCAGUUAGAUAUAGACCAUUACACAGGGUGUCCAGUAUCUGGCAUGCCUGGUAGCCAGCAGGGCCCUGUGCCUGUUAUGAGGAUGUAUGGAGUGACAAUGGAAGGCAACUCUGUUUGUUGUCAUGUCCAUGGAUUUUCACCAUAUUUUUUUGUAUCAGCACCAAGGAAUUUUGGUGAUAAGGACUGUCAUGCUUUUAAGGCCGCUCUCAAUAAAGCUGUACUAGCCGAUAUGCGCUCAAACAAGUAUGGGGUACGAGAGGCAGUUCUAGCAGUUGAGUUGGUGCAGCGUCUGAACCUCAUGGGAUAUAAUGGAGAAGAUAAAAUGAGCUUCAUUAAGAUCACUAUAGCUUUGCCUCAGUUAAUUGCUCCUGCCAAACGGUUGCUGGAGAAAGAUUCCAUUUAUCCACCGGCAGGCUCACAUAGUUUCCAGGCAUUUGAAUCAAACAUAGACUUUGAUAUUCGGUUCAUGGUGGACACAGGACUGGUGGGUUGCAGCUGGGUGGAGCUGCCUGCAGGCCAGUGGACAAUGAGACCUCUUGCAAAUCAUGUGUCACGAUGUCAAAUAGAAGCAGAUGUUUCAUGGGAGCAAGUAGUGUCCCACACACCGGAAGGAGAGUGGGCAAAAGUAGCUCCAUUCCGCAUUCUUAGUUUCGACAUCGAAUGCGCAGGCCGGAAAGGUAUCUUUCCUGAACCUGAGCAUGAUCCAGUAAUUCAGAUUGCGAAUAUGGUGGUUCGGCAAGGACAGCAUGAACCAUUUAUCCGCAACGUGUUCACACUAAACACCUGUGCUCCAAUAGUAGGUUGUCAGGUACUGAGCUUUCCAGAUGAACGGGAAUUACUCAAGAAAUGGGCAGCUUUUGUGCGAGAAGUGGAUCCGGAUAUAAUCACGGGGUACAAUAUCAACAACUUUGAUUUUCCAUAUCUCAUCAAUCGUGCAAAGCACCUUAAGGUCAAUGACUUCACCUAUUUGGGUCGUGUUAUAAAUAUCAGGUCAGUCAUUAAGGACAGUGUGUUGCAGAGUAAGCAGAUGGGGCGCAGAGAAAACAAGAGCAUGAAUUGCGAGGGAAGAGUACCAUUUGAUCUCUUGCUGGUAUUGGUUCGAGAUUAUAAACUGCGUUCGUACACUCUGAACGCUGUUAGUUUCCAUUUCUUGGGUGAACAGAAGGAGGAUGUACAACAUAACAUCAUUACGGACCUACAGAACGGCAACCCACAGACUAGACGCAGGCUGGCUGUGUAUUGUUUAAAAGAUGCUUACCUUCCGUUGAGACUACUUUUCAAGCUGAUGUGUAUCAUCAACUAUAUGGAAAUGGCACGUGUCACUGGUGUGUCAUUAUCCAGUUUGCUUACUAGAGGGCAACAGAUCAAGGUCGUGUCACAACUACUGAGGAAGGCGCAGGAAGAAGGCUACCUGAUGCCGGCAUAUGGCAGCGGAGUCCAGGAGGAGCAGUAUGAAGGUGCUACUGUUAUUGAACCUAAGAAAGGCUAUUAUGCAGAUCCUAUCGCAACACUCGACUUCAGUUCCCUAUAUCCGAGCAUUAUGAUGGCACACAACCUGUGUUACACCACACUCCUGCAACCAGGGGCUCAAGGCAGAUUAGGCUUAACACCUGAUCAGUAUGUCAAAACUCCCGCAUCAAAUUUCUUUGUAAACAAAUCUGUUCGGAAGGGUCUUCUUCCAGAGAUUUUAGAAAACCUAUUGGCUGCCCGGAAGAAGGCAAAAGCUGACUUGAAAGAAGAGAAGGAUCCCUUCCGGAAGAAGGUCCUGGAUGGCCGACAACUUGCACUCAAAAUUAGUGCCAACUCUGUUUAUGGUUUCACUGGUGCUCAAGUAGGAAAACUCCCGUGUCUUGAGAUAUCUGGGAGUGUCACUGCAUAUGGACGAGCUAUGAUAGAGCAGACGAAACAGGAAGUUGAGCAGCAUUACAACGUAACAAACGGCUGCGAAAAUGAUGCUGAGGUUAUCUAUGGUGAUACAGACUCUGUCAUGGUCAAGUUCGGUGUAAAAACAUUGGAAGAAGCCAUGGAACUAGGACGUGACGCUGCCAAUUAUGUUAGUACAAAAUUUCCGCCACCAAUCCGGCUGGAGUUUGAGAAGGUAUACUUUCCAUACCUGCUUAUCAGCAAGAAACGUUAUGCUGGACUGUAUUUCACUCGACCAGACAAGUAUGACAAAAUGGACUGUAAGGGCAUCGAGACUGUUCGUCGGGACAACUCACCGCUCGUAGCGAACAUGAUGAACAUGUGCCUGCAGAAGCUGCUCAUCGACAGAGACCCUGAUGGAGCAGUGGAAUAUGCGAAGCAGGUGAUCUCUGACUUGCUUUGUAAUCGUAUUGAUAUCUCACAGCUGGUGAUUACAAAAGAGCUGGCAAAGUCUGAUUAUGCAGCAAAGCAGGCUCAUGUAGAGCUUGCUGCAAAAAUGAAGAAGCGAGACCCAGGAACGGCACCAAAACUGGGCGAUCGUGUUCCCUAUGUGAUUAUUGCUGCCGCCAAGAACACACCUGCUUAUAUGAAAGCUGAAGAUCCCAUCUAUGUUCUGGAGAACAGUGUGCCUAUUGAUUCGAGCUAUUAUCUGGAAAAUCAGUUGUCCAAACCACUUCUCAGGAUCUUUGCACCAAUUCUGGGUGAAAAGGCAGAGUCCAUUUUGCUGAGAGGUGAUCAUACGCGUACCAAAGCUGUUGUAACAUCACGGGUUGGUGCCUUAUCAGCAUUUACACUGCGUAAAGAAACGUGUCUGGGCUGCAAGGCUGUUCUCUCUGAAGUUGGAACUCCCCUAUGUAAGCACUGUGCGCCAGAUGAAGCGCGUCUGUACCAACAAGAGCUCGCUCGGUUCACUGCUCUGGAGGACAGGUUCUGCAGACUUUGGACCCAAUGCCAACGUUGUCAAGGUUCUCUACAUGAAGAAGUGCUUUGCACUAGCCGUGAUUGCCCAAUUUUCUACAUGCGUAAGAAGGUCCAGUUAGACUUGGUUACGCAAGAUAAAGCUCUGCAGCGGUUUGGCAACCCAGCAUGGUGAUUUAUUGUGUGAAUCUAAUAUAAUCUGCCAAAAUAUGAAGAAAUGAACAAUUUGCCAUGUAAAAAUAUACAGUAUUUUUUAUUUAACAUUUAUGUUAGUGAUUGUCAGCAACCAGAACCGUGUCAUCGUGCUCUGCAGCUCAUAAAUUGAUGUUUGUGUUGGAAACAUUUGUGAAUAUUGAAGUAUACUGUUGUGUCUUAUUGUUAACCUUUAACAAAAGCCAUUGGAAUGUGAUGAUGAUGCUGCAAGAAGGAAGGUUGGAAUUGUAUUCAGGGAGUGAAGAACAUUUUUCAUCAGCUUAAACUUUUAUUUUCCCUGUACUGCACAACUGUUCUUGCAUGUGUCUCUUCAGCGUGCAUAGUAUUACACUGCUUAUGACACAAAUCAAAUCUGACCAUCACUGCCAUAGUACAAGAGAUUUAAAUGCUGACAGUAAAGGUACAGUGAGGGCUGUGCUGUAGCUCAGGCACAGUGAAGACCAGUUUAGGUUUUGGCCUGAAGAUGGUAAAUUUGAUGUGGAGUAUAAAAACUGAACACUGAACAAAAUCCUUCAAUUUAGGUUUCAUGAAUUGAAAUCCUCUUUAAUUCCAUUGAUCAGUCCUUGAAGCAUGUGUCUUAUAAGAUUUUGCACCUUUUAUUUAACCUCUGGGUUUAUUGUGUUCAUAACAUCGGCCACACUGGCUCCUGUCCCGAGUUGUAUGACUUCAGCCCUCGUCUUCGUGUCCCGUAUCAGGAUCCCAGUACGAACGUAUAACCACCACUGCCAUGACCAAGAUCAUCAACUGGCUUCUUCACUGUUCAUAGCUGGUGUAAUAGCCAUCAGAAUUUCUUUUAAGCAUUUUUGCAUAAGUGGCAGAUGUUACUAUAAUGGACAUGAUCCCAAGACAGUAAUCUCAGUGUUAAAUUACCUCUGUUUUAGAUUAUCCCCAAUUUAAAAGUUCAGAUCCACUGCUCCCAGAAGACCUGAAAUGAGGGUUUCCCUGCUUGUACAAAAAUAGACAAAAGUUCUCUUGUUUCUGACAUUGCCCUGUUCUCGUUUGGGCAGCUGUUCAUUACCGUGAUGUUCUGAAGUAGGUCCUUAUGAUUGCACAAAUUAAUCAGUGGUAGAAACGUGUUUUAUUACAGAGAAGUGAAAGUUUGCUUGUUAGUAGCAUUAAUAAGAAACAUCACAAGAAAUUAAAAUGUACACAGAAGUUAUUUAGGGAAUUUUUAGGUAAUUUAAUGUAUAGUGAGACCAAUGGAAAAAAGAAUUUGUUCCAUUUGAAUACAAAGGUGUAGCCUGUAUAUUUCAUAAUAACAAUCAAGUAAGGUAGCCCUCAUUAUCCACCCCCUGUUAUCUGAAUUUUCAUGUAUGUGCCAUUUUAUUUCACUGUCAUGAAAUGUAUUACAGGUAUUAUAGAAGAUAAAACAACUCCGUCGAGUGUGA